AUGCGGUACCUCGGAGUACUGUGCGCUAGCCAUAGCAGUAGAGCAAGCAGCGCAAAGACCGCCGCGCACAGCGCAAGUGGAAGAAGUGAGGGCGCAGUGGAUCCAGCAGCAGCACACGUAGAUCAUGAUAUCCAGUUGUGCACCAAGCUCGCGCCAGCCAUCAGAAAAAGCGUCAACAAGUUAUUCGAAGUCUACGGGACGCACUACGCCACCUACCAGGAGCUGGGUAAAUUUGAUCAAAGCGAGGAGGAGACCGAGGAGUUUCAGGUAUCCGCCAGGGAGGCUGUUCAUGUCGGAAUCACGAGAGCGAGUCACA